AUGGCCGCUAUUCGCCUCACCUUAGGCCUCCUCCUCUUUGUGGCUUUGGUGGCAUUGGUGGUCGAAUCGUCGUCAUUGUCAGGUGGUGAUUCUUACUGGGUUGGUGGGCUUGUUGAUUCACGAGCAUGUAAUGGCCUCGUUGGAGACUGUAUUGACGACGCCAAUGAGUUGACGAUGGACUCCGACAUCAGUACUCGACGAUCCCUUAGAGGAAGAGGAAGAAGACCACCACCAAACGCACGGUACAUUAGCUAUGCUGCAUUGUUGAAAAACGCGCCUCCAUGCGUAAGAGGCAGAUCUUACUACGGUUGCAGAUUUGUUGGAAAGGCUAAUCCUUACAGGCGAGAAUGCACCAUGGCUACACACUGUGCAAGGGAUCUCCGUUAA